AUGACGAAUCAAUACAGUUGUGGUGAAUGUGAUAAACCUUUGGAAAUAGAUCCGAGCAUAAGUAGACUAAAUCAAUCACAAUUGAAUCUUAUAACUAACUCAUUACAAAAUAAAGAAUUCAUUAAAAAUGACAACGAACAACUACAAGAAUUAGAUCCAAAAGAUUAUAUAACGAGUGAUAAAUUAAAUAUAUAUGAUGAACUACCCAAAAACUCAAAACCAAUAUUCUACAAAAGUUAUUUUGAAAGUGAAGAUGAAGAAAGUGAAGAGGACGAAGAAGAUGAACAAGAGGCAACAAUGUACAAAUCAAUUUCAAAUUCUGAUAUAGAUUCUUAUUUGGUGGUGAAUGAAAAUGAAUCUUUAACAAACGAAGAACCUAAUCAGUCAAUAGAUGACUUACAAGAUUUUGAGAUUAAAAUAUCAUCAAGAAUUAAAAAACUAAACAGGAUUUUCAAAAUUUUAUCAAAUAUGCAAGAUAUUCAACAUCCAUUAAGUGAAGAUUGUGCAAACUUACUAAUAGAAAAUUAUAAAUUAAAAUUUGAUCAAUCUCAAAAGGAAAAAAAUCAAUAUUUAAACUUUCUCAAAAAGUUGAAAAUUCAAGAUCAGAAACUUAAUUUAGAUGAUGAAAAUUUUAGUGAAAUUGAAUUAGAUAAAAAUUUGAAAAAUUCUUUAAAUGAAUAUCAAAGAUUAUCGCAAUUAGAAUCCACAAAACUAGAAGAGUUAAAAGAACUUGAAUUGACGAAAUCAAAUUUACAAUCACAACUUGAAAAAAAUGGAUCAGAAUUAGCCAAGAUUAACGAAACUGAAUUAAAUAAAUUACUACGACUUAAAAAUGAAUUCCAAUUAAAUUUAUCAGAUAAACAAAUCAAAUUGGAUCAAUUGAAAGCAUCUUAUCAAAUUCAUUUAAACCACAUUGAUCAAUUAAGAAAAUCAAAUAUUUAUAAAAUGAUGUUCAAUAUUAAUUUAGAUAAUAAUUAUGGAACGAUUAAUGGAUUUAGAAUUGGGUAUAAGAUCGUAUGGCCAGAAGUUAAUGCUGCAUUGGGACAAAUUGUCAUAUUGCUAGCUUUUAUUAUCAAAAGAUUAAAUUUAAAUCUAAAAAAUUAUAAAUUAGUGCCAAUGGGUUCUCAAUCACAAAUUAUUAAAUUCUCAGAAUCGACAAAUGGAACAAAACAAAAAAAUGUUUUAAACUUAUACUCAUCUGAUGAAUUUACAUUAGGUAGAUUAUUCAAUUUCAACAAACUUGAUGUCUCAAUGAUUGCCUUGCUAGAUAUUGUUCUAAUUAUUGAAUUGGAAUUAAUGAAAUUGGAUAAUGAAAUUGAGUUACCUUAUAAAAUCUUUAAAGAUACGAUAGGUGGCAAAAGUAUUAGAGUUACAUCGAAUUCUGAGUGGACCCAAAGUUGUAAAAUUUUGUUGACUAAUUUGAAUUGGAUUUUAACUUUUAUAGAAGCACAUACCAAUUAA